UUACAUGCUUUUUUCUUAGUGAAGUCAAAAAUACCUUUUACCUUUAGAAAAAAAAAUGUUGCAGUUUAUUUUUAUUCUGCAUGUUGUUCAUUCUGCUGUGUUCACACCUUCUCACACCUCUGGCAACUGAAUACUGUAUUAUGUAACAAAACAAAUUUAAGUGGCGCCUCCUUGCUCCGAAGCUAAGAAGAACAACACACGAAGAGGAGGACCGAGACAUAUUCACUUGAUUUAGUAAGUUAGUUGCUAGCUGAACAACAUUAAAACGAUGAGAACACCUGGACUGAGCAUCUGUGAAUGACGGAACCGGCUCCGCCUAAAUCCGUUGGGCUGGGGAGAGGAGGGGGACGAACAGUCGACGAGGAGAGAAACUGUGUGUCUGAUAAAGGAGGGAGGACUUGCUGAAGAAUCAGACCAACUACGAUAAAAACCCACAGAGCCACACCGGGGCUGAGAUUAUGACGUAAGCACGAUCCUCGAGCGUUCAGCGCAUCCAUCGCGCUCCUCAGCAACUUGGUGAAGAGACUCGCCGGCGCGCGUGAAGCUCGGAAGCAGCUGCGCUCCAGCCUCCUCGCCUUAUAAAGUACAUCGAUGACGAAAGCUAUCGCGUGAGCGUAAAUUCAGCACUUGGUUCAAUAGACAGCUCCAGUGUGUCGGCUUCCCUAACUGGACUCAGUUUCAAGAGCAAUUCUUUCAGUACUUUUUAGAACACUCUCGCACGUAUGAACAUUAGAUUAUAUUUCUUGCUUUCAUCUAACUGCGAUCCAUAGUCUGGGACCUUCUCCACUAAAUAUGUACCAGGGGCAUUUGCAGCUGGUGAGUGAGCAACAAGAGAGCCGUCCCUUGCUGAGCCCUUCCAUCGAUGAUUUCCUUUGCGAGACCAAGUGUGAUGGAGCUGCCCGCCCAGUAACCUCCAACACAGCAGUACUCUCCUCCUCUCUGGACCUGCUGGAUCUGAGUGAGCCUGGUGAGAGAAGACACAGCAAAGACAGGAAGAGCCCUCAUUCUACUAAGGGCACACCAUACAGGAAGAAGCCAGAUGAAACAGAGCUGAUCCAAGUGGAUGUUGAACAGAGUAUACACUGUUCCCGCACACCUGAAAAGAUUUCAUUGGACUCAGUAGCAGUUCCAUCUUCUUUGGACAAAUGGGAAGAACUCAACCCACACCUGGAGCGAAAUGGUAGCAGAAAGUGGAAGCUUGAGAGAAGACGUUCAUCUAAAAAUUCUGGUGAAUUUGUGUGGUCUAUGGAUUGCAAGCCUCAGCAAGACACUGCCCCCAGGAACUCCCUGGAGGUCAGUAAUAAAGUAGACGCAGAAGCCGUGCCAGUAACUCAACUCAACAGGCAAUAUGUUAGUGGAAGACAUGGCCGUUUGAGCAAAGACCAAAGGUGGGGUAGCACACUCCUGUCCAGAAACCAGUCUCUGGAGGAAGAGUUUGAAAGAGCUAAGGCAGCAGUGGAGUCAGACACAGAGUUCUGGGAUAAGAUGCAGGCAGAGUGGGAAGAGCUCGCUCGCAGGAACUGGCUAACAGAGAACGAUCGACCACAGAUUCCCUCUAAUGUGUCUCCUUAUGAAAAGGGGUACUACUUCCACACAGAUAACCCUUUCAAAGACUGGCCAAAUGCAUUUGAGGAGGGAUUACGCAAGUCCAGAGAGGGAGACCUGCCCAACGCUGUACUUCUUCUGGAAGCAGCUGUACUGCAGGACCCUCAGGAUUCGGAGGCUUGGCUGGUGCUGGGAACCACGCAAGCAGAGAAUGAGAAUGAGCAGGCAGCAAUUGUCUCCCUCCAGAGGUGUCUGGAGCUCCACCCCAACAACCUCCAGGCCCUCAUGGCCCUGGCAGUGAGCCUGACCAACACGGGCAUGAGGCAGGAAGCGUGUGAGGCACUGCUGAGCUGGAUAAGGCACAACCCCAAAUACAAGCAACUUCUGAAGAGCCGCACACACCUGCAGGCCUCACCUGGUUCACGGAGACCCUCCUACCCUUCCGCAAUGGGCUGCCCCCUGCUGCCCGAGGUGAAGGAGCUGUACCUGGAAGCUGCCCAGCACAACUCGGACACGAUCGACCCAGACCUGCAGACAGGGUUGGGAGUGCUGUAUAACCUCAGCUCCGAGUUCAACAAAGCAGUGGAAGCCUUCAACGCAGCGCUGUCAGUGCGGCCGGAGGACUACCUGCUGUGGAAUCGGCUGGGGGCGACGCUGGCUAAUGGAGAUCGCAGCGAGGAGGCUGUGGAGGCCUAUACCAGAGCCCUUGAGCUGCAGCCCGGCUUCAUCCGCUCACGUUACAACCUCGGCAUCAGCUGCAUUAACAUGGGCGCUCACAGGGAGGCAGCCAGUAAUUUCCUGACGGCUCUUAGCCUGCAGAGGAAGAGCAGGAGUCGGCAGCUUUCGCACCAGGUCAUGUCUGGAAAUAUCUGGGCGGCCCUGCGGAUAGCGCUGUCCAUGCUGGACCAGCCGGAACUCUUUCAAGCUGCUAACAUAGGAGACCUGGACUUACUAAUGAAAGCUUUUAACCUGGAUAUGUGAGCGAGGAUACCCUUUAACCACGGCAAAUAUCCAAAGUCCUUUAUGAGAAGAACUUUGUCAGAAAAGCAACCUUUGCUUCGCAGAGCACCUUUACAUUCCUGAGAACUGAGUGCUGAAUGAUACUAUUUUACUAGAUUUGCACAUCAGUUUACGAUUACCCUAAAGAGCACAACGCCGGGUGAAGAUUGUACAAGUAUGCCUUAGAGAAAAUAUCAGCUAGACCUGCAAUGUAACAGUGAGAAUCGGGGGAAACCACAACUGAUGAGAGGAACGCAGACUAUAAAUGUGCAAGAACAACAUUAGCUUGAUGACUUGAUUAGAUGUACUGUACUGCGUAGACUUCAUGUAUUGGUUUCGAUUGCACUCUUUAUUUGAGAUGGUGGGGUUAUUAUAGAUUUUGGUGGCACUUAGUUCAACCCUGGACACUCCUCACCUGAUCUCUGCUGCAUCAUCCCCUUUAUUUCCUGAAGCUUGCAGACCAGAUUAAAAAGCCUUACUUAUCUUGCAUGUAAAAUAAAUAAUUGAGAUGUUAUCGGUAUGAUACCAGAUAAAAGCCAUUCCUUGCUAUACUUUGACCUCUUGAUGUAGAAGUCUGUUUUCCAUCAAGGUCUUUUUGUGAAACAUACCACAUCUUUGAAAUGUUACGCUGAUUAUUUCACAAAAUUCGAUGCACUGCCCCUUUUGCCACAGUUAUCAGCCUGGGAUUGACAGGAAAACUAGAAACUGCCCAAUAUAUAAGCCAAACUAUUUGUGAGCUUCACAGUUUUAUACCCUAAUAUUGUUGUUUUUCUUAUAUUACUUGUUAUGGUUCAUCUCCAGCUUGCAUGAUGUUUUAUUUUGCUCAUCAGUGUGAACGUGCAAGUUCUUAAUGUUGCAUAUGCGCUUGAAGAAAAGUCCUACGUUUUAAAAUGCUAUGCAAAACCUAUGGAUUUUUAUUUUUUUAUGCAGCUGGAAGCAGAAGAAAAGCCUAAAGCACCAGAAAGCAGUACUUGCUUUGUCACUUUUUUGUGUUUUAAGGUGUAAACUGGUAGGUAGACGGUAGAAGAUCUGGUAAUCCCGUGUAGAUGGUUUAUUGUAUUUUAAGGCUACAUGUACAUUAAUCCAGAUACAUCUGAAAAUGUCUUUUUCUCAACAUUUUGGCAUUUCGUCCCCACUGAGGUGCUGUUUUUGUUCUGUGAAAACAGAAUCUUUUAGAAGAUUCUGACGAUAGUCGAUACAGUUGAAAAUGCCACGUAAAUUUGUGGAAUAAAUUGUUUUCAC